ACAUAUUUACUUCCUAAGUCAUUAAUGCUUGCCUUCUACAUGAAACUCUCAUAUCUUCCAUUAAUAUCUCCUGAUGUUGCAUAACUGUCUCCUCUAGAUAACCCUCUAAUUUAACACAAUUAACAACACUCUUUUAUAAAGUCUAACACACAUACGAUCGAGUAAACAUCAAAUACUAGUUGUGGGGUUUUCUUUUUUCCUUUUGAAGCUAAAGCUCGAACUAGGAUAUAUAGAGAGAUCCCACAAGACUUUAGAUCCCACAAAGACUUUCUUGUAGGUGAGAGAGAAAGAGAGAAACACAAGACUCAUUUGAAAAUGAGGGAGGAAGUUGAGGAAGUGAAUCACCAAACACACCUCUCGACAAGAAACAAAGGUGGCCUUAUCACAAUGCCAUUUAUUAUAGCAAAUGAGGCAUUUGAGAAGAUGGGAAGCUAUGGAUUGGUGCCAAAUAUGAUAGUGUAUUUGAUGAAUGAUUACAAGAUUGGUGUGGCAAAAGGCACAAACAUACUCUUUUUUUGGUCAGCAGCUUCCAAUUUUGCACCAAUUUUCGGAGCAUUCCUUUCAGAUUCAUAUUUGGGUCACUUCAUCACCAUUGGCUUGGGGUCUUUGUUUUCACUUAUGGGGAUGUUCAUGAUGUGGUUAACAACAAUGGUCCCACAACUAAAGCCACCCCCUUGCAACCAAUUCCUUGAAACUUGCAAAUCACCAACACACUCUCAAUUUGCUUUCUUGAUAUUUGCCUUCAUAUUGAUCUCUAUUGGAAGUGGGGGUGUUAGACCAUGUUCAUUAGCAUUUGGUGCACAACAAAUAAACCAUAAAAACAAUCCAAACGAUAAGAGGGCAAUCGAAAGCUUUUUUGGGUGGUAUUAUGCCGCUAGUGCGGUGGCGGUCCUCAUUGCAUUUACAAGCAUUGUUUAUAUUCAAGAUCAUGCCGGAUGGAAGAUCGGAUUUGGGGUUCCGGCACUUCUCAUGGUUUUAUCAGUCCUCUUGUUCUUUGUAGCUUCUUCUCUUUAUGUCAAGAUCAAAGUUGAAAAGAGCUUGUUUACAAGCUUUUUGCAAGUUAUAGUUGUUGCUUAUAAGAACCGUGGAAUAGUCAUUGCACCUGCUGACAGGUUUCAUUAUCUUCAGAAUGAUUCAGAUAACACGCCUACCGAAAGACUCAGGUUUUUAAAUAAAGCUUGCAUAAUUCGGAACCCAAAAGACGUAAAACCAGAAGGCAUUGCUUCAAAUCCAUGGCGUCUAUGCACAGUGAAACAAGUUGAAGAACUAAAAUCAUUAAUCCGAGUUCUACCAUUAUGGUCAUCCGGUCUCAUGAUGUCAAUAAACGUAAGCCAAUCAUCAUUCCCAGUACUCCAAGCAAACACCAUGGAUCGACAUAUAAGCACUUCAACCUUCCAAAUCCCCGCAGGCUCAUUCCCUUUCUUCACCAUGGCCACAAUCGCAAUCUGGGUCGUUCUAUAUGAUCGCAUCAUUAUCCCCAUCACAUCAAGGAUUCUACAAAAACCCGUUCAUCUUAACGUUAAAUUAAGAAUGGGCAUCGGCCUUAUAGUUUCUACAUUGGCCAUGGUAGUUUCUGCCAUUGUUGAACAUCUUCGAAGAAGAAAAGCAAUCGAAGAAGGGCUUGUGAACGAUCCUCGAGCAGUGGUAAACAUGUCGGCGAUGUGGCUCGUUCCGCAGUAUUGUCUGCAUGGGUUAGCGGAGGCGUUGAGUGCGAUUGCUCAAAACGAGUUUUUUUACUCAGAGUUGCCGGAAAGCAUGUCGAGUGUUGCAGGUUCGCUUUUUCUGGUUGGCAUGGGUGUGGCUAACUUGUUGGCUAGUGUUAUACUGAGCACUGUUGAGAAACUGACGAAAAGAAAUGUGGAAGAAGGGUGGAUUGCCACGAAUAUUAACAGGGGACACUAUGAUUAUUACUAUUGGGUUCUUGUGAUACUGAGUUUUGUGAACUUGUUCUAUUUUGUUGGGUGUAGUUGGGCUUAUGGUCCUUGUGUAGAUGAAAGGGUGAAAGAGGAGCCAAAGCAGGGGGCUGAUGAAAACUUAGAGCGAGACGAUUAUGAUCCUUAAUCUAAUGAUGUAUGUGAAAGGAAAUCAGAAUUUGAACGUGAAGAAAUUUCAAACCACACAAACUAAAACUACCUAGCCAACAUCCGGGGCGAGUAGCGAUGCCCCUAACAACCAAAUCAAGGACCGACCGGACUGAGUUGUGACAUGCUUAAGCCUAAAGCAAUGUCGGGGUGCAAAAAACAUCCCGCCCAAUCAGUGGCGGUGCUUGGACUUCAUCUUCAAAUUUAAUCUCAACCAAUGUCAACCUUGACAAAAUUGAAUUAAAUUCAUUGACAUGAUUAGUCAUUGAGUCACAUUCCUUCAUCUUCAGGUUUACUAAUUGUUGAAACAAGUGAACCUUAUUAGCCGUUGAAGGUUUCUCGUACAUGUUAGAUAGCAUUUUAAUCAACCCAUAAGUUGUCUUCUCAUUGACAAUGUUGUAAGAAAUGUU